AUGGUUUUGCCAAGACUAUAUACUGCUACAUCCCGUGCUGCUUUUAAAGCAGCCAAACAAUCCGCUCCGCUUCUAUCCACUUCGUGGAAAAGAUGUAUGGCCUCAGCUGCUCAAUCUACUCCAAUCACCGGUAAAGUUACCGCUGUCAUUGGUGCCAUUGUUGACGUUCAUUUUGAACAAUCAGAGUUGCCCGCUAUUUUGAACGCUUUAGAAAUUAAAACACCUCAAGGUAAGUUGGUUUUGGAAGUUGCUCAACAUUUGGGUGAAAACACUGUCAGAACCAUUGCUAUGGAUGGUACCGAAGGUUUGGUCCGUGGUGAAAAGGUUCUUGACACUGGUGGCCCUAUCUCCGUCCCAGUUGGGAGAGAAACUUUAGGGAGAAUCAUCAACGUUAUCGGUGAACCUAUUGAUGAAAGAGGUCCAAUUAAGUCCAAACUAAGAAAGCCAAUUCACGCAGACCCUCCUAGUUUUGCAGAACAAUCUACUUCGGCUGAAAUUUUGGAAACAGGUAUCAAAGUCGUCGAUCUAUUAGCUCCUUAUGCCAGAGGUGGUAAGAUUGGUCUUUUCGGUGGUGCAGGUGUCGGUAAGACUGUGUUCAUUCAAGAAUUGAUUAACAAUAUCGCCAAGGCCCAUGGUGGUUUUUCCGUUUUCACCGGUGUUGGUGAAAGAACAAGAGAAGGUAAUGACUUGUACCGUGAAAUGAAGGAAACUGGUGUCAUUAACUUGGAAGGUGAAUCCAAGGUCGCCUUAGUGUUCGGUCAAAUGAACGAACCUCCAGGAGCCAGAGCCAGAGUCGCUUUAACUGGUUUGACGAUCGCUGAAUAUUUCAGAGAUGAAGAAGGUCAAGAUGUCUUGUUGUUUAUCGACAAUAUCUUUAGAUUUACUCAAGCUGGUUCAGAAGUCUCUGCCCUUUUGGGUCGUAUUCCAUCUGCCGUCGGUUAUCAACCAACUUUGGCCACUGAUAUGGGUCUCUUACAAGAAAGAAUUACCACCACAAAGAAGGGUUCUGUCACUUCUGUGCAAGCCGUUUAUGUUCCAGCCGAUGAUUUAACAGAUCCUGCUCCUGCCACUACUUUUGCCCAUUUGGACGCUACUACCGUCUUGUCAAGAGGUAUUUCAGAAUUAGGUAUUUACCCUGCAGUGGAUCCAUUGGAUUCUAAAUCAAGGUUAUUGGAUGCCGCCGUUGUCGGUCAAGAACAUUAUGACGUCGCCUCCAAGGUUCAAGAAACUUUACAGACCUAUAAAUCUUUACAAGAUAUCAUUGCUAUUUUGGGUAUGGAUGAAUUGUCCGAACAAGAUAAACUAACUGUCGAAAGGGCAAGAAAGAUUCAAAGAUUCUUAUCUCAACCAUUUGCUGUCGCCGAAGUCUUUACUGGUAUCCCAGGUAAAUUAGUGAGAUUAAAGGACACCGUUGCCUCGUUCAAAGCCGUUUUGGAAGGUAAAUACGAUAAUAUACCAGAACAUGCUUUCUAUAUGGUUGGUGGUAUUGAAGAUGUUGUUGCUAAAGCUGAAAAGUUAGCCGCUGAAGCCAACUAG